AUGUAUAUUUUCCCGUCCGAAAACUUCCUUUAUAAUCACAUUGCGAUAGAGCUUGGGAAAGAUCAAAAAAAAGUCACUCCUCAGGAAGCGGCACGCAAAGUAGUAGAAAGCCAUAAGAAUUUAGACAAUGGCUCCAAGGGUUUGAUUGACAUACUCCUGAGUAAAGAUCCGGAAGGACCAUCAUGGGUAAAGGAAAUGACUCCUGAUGGUAGUAUAGAUGUAGAUUUUUCAACAGCAAUCGAUUUCAUGCGCAAAUGCCUAGAACCGGAUCCAAUCAAAAGAAUGUCUGCGAAAAAGGCGCUUGACCACCCUUGGCUGAAUAUCAAAGGUGAAAAAGAGGGCGUCAGUUGGAACCACGAUGCAAAAAAGGAGUUCAAAAGACUCGCAAAGGUGGUUGCGGAUCCAGAGAUACGUGAAAAAUUGCAGAGUCAAAGCAGCCAACCUGGAUCUCGACAGCAAUCACAUGGAUCAACGUCAAUUGGGACUGACCAACACCUACAGGGCCAGCCGGGGAAUGUUGCCAUACGACAUCACACUGCUUCGCAGGCCUCCACAAAUCGUACUAAAAGCAGAGUUCCGAGAAAAUCACAGGCACAUGGUACUGCAAAAGUCUCCCGCGUAGGAAAAGACCAGACGACUCCAACCGUUCGCACAACGAGCAGGGUUCUGAGUGAAGCAAAAGAACAUAGGACUAAAAGCGGUCUGAGUACAGGAAAAGACCAGACAACUCCUGACUCUCGCACACCGACCAGGGUUCUGAGUGAAGCAAAAGCAAAUAGGACUGAAAGUGGUGCGAGCGCAAGCAAAGUCAAGACGGCUCCUGUCGCUCGCAUGUCGAGCAGAGUUCAGAGUGAAGUAAAGGGAGAUAGUACAACUGUAAGACGGCCAAGCACAAAAAAGGACCAGCCAGGACAGGUUCAUCAUCGUGUUGCUAGUAGUAGUACGCCCAAGGCAAAAUCCGAGAGUGUGAUGAAGGGGGCAGAGGCAACGCGCUCGAGGAAUAAUAGUCAAGUUGCUAAAUGA